UGCAGAAGGCAGAGUUUUUUUUUUUUUGGUUGUUUUCAUUUGUAGAAAAGUUCUUGUUGUCCUUCUAUAACUAGGCAUUGUUAAAUUCUCCCAUUUCUUUCAUAUCUUUAUUGCCAAAAAUCUCGUCCUUUUUCUUUUUUCCUAUACAAAUUUGACGUCUUUGUUUCACCUUUGAAUGUUCUUUACCACUUUCUUCUUUUUAGUUGAUCUGGGUCUGGGAUUGUGAUGAUUUCACUUUUUUUUGAAGAGUCUUGAAGAGGGAGGGUAUUUGAGUAGUAGUAGUAAAGAGCUUUGGUAUUAGGGAAGAAGAUUGCAUUUUUUUUGUCAUCAUUCUUUGAUGAUGAUGAUGAUGGUAUUAGUGAAGAAUACGAAGGAGGAGGUUACUGCUUUUGACCAAAGAAAGAGAUCAGAUAAAGCAGCAAAGAACAAUGAAAAGCAAAAGAAUGGGGAAGAAAAGAUGUACCCUUUGUUGGCAUUCUGACUUCUGAUUUGCCAAUGAAAGAGAAAGGACGAGAAAUAGAGAUAAAACAAAACUCCUGCCUUUAUCAGUAGUCUUACUCUUGCUUCUCUUUUUUUCCUCUCUUUCAAUUUUUCUCUCCCGCACGCUUCUUGCUUCCUGGAUGUGAUAUGUGUUCCUCAAGGCUAGUUUUUUUGUAAACUAGCUCUCGUUGUUUUCUUUGGGAAAAAAACAAAGAGAAGGCUCUUUGUUAGAUUCUCUCAUUACAAUUAGCAUUUGCAAAAGGGUAUUAAAAAAUGCCAAUGUACCAACCAUCUAGUCGAAGAGAAUCUGACAUGAAGCUUGAUAGCCAAGUUCUAGAUCUAGAAACGGCUGUAAAAGAUGGCAUUUUGGGAGGCGGUUGUGGAGUAAUAUCCACUGGUUUUGUUUCAGACAAAUUGGAUCUGAAGAUAAUGAUUGAAGAGCUUGAGUCCACGGAUGUGCCAACGGUUUUCAUAUGUCCAAUUUCUUUGGAGCCAAUGGAAGACCCGGUGACUCUUUGUACUGGCCAAACCUAUGAGAGAUCCAACAUUCUUAAAUGGUUCUCUUUAGGCCAUUACACUUGUCCCACCACGAUGCAAGAGCUUUGGGAUUAUUCAGUGACUCCGAACAAGACACUUCAGCAGCUAAUUUAUGGUUGGUUUUCUCAGAAGUACUUGGCUAUGAAGAAGAGGUCAGAGGAUGUGCAAGGAAGGGUCAAAGAGAUUUUGGAGAAUUUGAAGACAGUUAAGGGUCAAGCUAGAAUUCAAGCUCUUAAGGAGCUUAGACAAGUGGUUCAAGCUCAUGGGACAGCUAAGAAGAUUGUUGUGGAAAAUGGAGGCGUUGGUUUGAUUUCAUCUUUGCUAGGUCCUUUUACAACUCAUGCUGUUGGGUCAGAGGUAAUUGGAGUUCUUGUGAGCUUGAGUCUUGAUUUAAAUUCCAAGUCUGAUUUGUUGCAGCCUGCUAAAAUAUCUUUAAUGGUGGAUAUUUUAAAUGAAGGGUCGUUUGAGACCAAGAUUAACUGUACGAGGUUGAUUGGAAUGUUGAUGGAAGUGAAUGAUUUUGCGUCAGAAAGUGUUGCAAGUUUGAGUCUUUUAGUUGGGUUGUUGAGAUUAGUAAAAGAUAAGAAGCACCCAAAUGGGGUAUUGGCUGGAUUGACUUUGCUCAAGACAAUCUGUUCUCAUGCAUCAGUUAGGAACUCAUUUGUCAAUGUUGGGGCAGUUCCUCAAUUGGUUGAGUUGGUGCCUGGUUUGAAUAAUGAGUGUUUGGAAUUAGUCCUUUAUAUAUUAGAGCUUUUGUCAAGUAUUCCAGAAGGAAGAUUGGCUUUGAAAGAUUGUCCGAAUACCAUACCGAAUGUGGUGAAACUAUUGAUGAAAGCUUCAGAAACCUGUACUCAGCUUGCAUUGUCCAUAUUGUGGACCAUUUGCAAGUUUGCACCGGAGGAAUGUGCUUCACUUGCUGUGGAUGAAGGUCUGGCUGCAAAGCUACUUCUAGUUAUACAGAGUGGUUACAAUCCUGUUUUGAAGCAACGGUCAACAGAGUUGUUGAAAUUGUGUAGCCUAAAUUACACGGCUACCAUCUUUAUUUCCAAGUGUAAGCUUACAAGAACAAUUCAAUGAAGGAAAAUAGCAGCUUGUUGAUAUACAGGACUUUCUCGUCUUGUCCAAUAUUAAAAAUGGGGCUGACGAGCUUCCGGUUUAGUAGAACUCAUAAUGAGGUCAAUCGGGGUUUCUGAGGUACCCUUUGCUCUCUUGUGAAUACUAAAGAAUUUCCAUUAUAUUAUUGUUUCACAUCAAGUACCAGCAUAAUGUGGAUUUGAGCUAAUUGGAAGUUGUGUAGUUACCAAUCCACUGCCCUUAAGGUCAUGUUUCUGCCGAUAUUGUCCAAUAAUUCCCAGCAAGGUUGUGAUUCAAUCUGUUUGUCACUGAUUCUUUGUUGUUUCAAUCCACAAGAGAGAAAUGUAACUGUAAGCUCAUGUAAUGGGCCGAGUAGGAAUUGGGAAGUGGUGAUUGAGGGACAUGAUAUGAGGGGAUUCCUGUUGGCAUUUGUGUCAUUUAUAAUUGUACUUAGUUUUUGUUGGUAGACCUGUCUCACUGAUCCCUUGAUUUCCUUCAUCUCUGUAAGGUUUUGAGAAAGCUUACAUUUAUACCUUGGUUGAAAGAGUUAUUUUGGGUCUUAAAUCUCAACUUUGUAGGAUUUGUAAACCCUCUGGAUUGCUAUCAUAUAAAACAUGUACAACCUCUUUGUUUC